GCCUCCUCCUGCUCUUCCAUUGUAAGCCAGGCGGGCGAGUUGCAGGCGCGGGGCUGGUCUCGCGCCCUUCCCCGAAGCCCGGGCGGCGCGCGGCGGCGAUGUAGGCGGGCGCGUGGACCUUUUGCACCCUCCGACUUCGCGGCACAAAGCGGCUCCGCGGCUUUCCCGCACCCCGCCAACCCGUCUGUGUACCUCCGCGGGACGCGGCGCCCGCCGCUGCCGCCUUUAUGAGCUCGGGCGUCCGGGAGCACAAGGUGAGAGGAGGUCACAGGAUGAGCCAUAUGGAGGAGAACUUUAGCCCUGAAGAGGCUCGCUCUCAGCUGGUGACCAAAAGAAAAUUGCUUAAGAUGCUAAGCUUAAGCCCUGGACACAGCCAAGCCCGCGGGUCUGAAACAAGGGAGAAGAAGAUACCAUCGAUGACAUGGCCUGUGAAACCAGUGCAUACCAUCAAGAAACGCAAAGCCUUUUUGGUGCAUCGGGGUACCCAGACAGAAGAGAUCCCGGAUAUCUGCAUUGAAUGUGGGAAGGUCUUCAUCCAGAACUCCAGCCUGAUCAGCCCGUGGCCUGUCCAGAGCGACGAUAAGCCGCACAAGUGUUCCGAAUGCGGGAAAAGUUUUUCUGUCCGUUCCAGCCUCAACCGACAUCAGAGAAUUCACACCGGGGAAAAGCCAUACAUCUGUCUCGACUGUGGCAAGCGAUUCAACGAUAAGUCCAACCUUACUCAGCACCAACGGAUCCACACGGGCGAGAAGCCCUACGAGUGCAUUGACUGUGGAAAAAGUUACAGCCGCAGCUCUCACAAGAAGAAGCAUUUGAAGGACCCGAUGGAAGAGCUGCAAGAAGUCUGCGCCCCGGUGGACAGGGCCAAUGCCAGUGCCGUUGAUGAGAAGCCCAAAGGGAAACAGAAAGCAGAAGUGAUGAACACGUGUACGGAGUGCCUGCGGAGUUUCGGCCACAACGCUGACCUGAUCAAGCACAUGCGCAUCCACACGGGGGAGAAACCCUACAAGUGUAACAUCUGCGAGAAGAGCUUCAACGUCAGUUCUAACCUCUUUCGACACCAGAGAAUCCACACCGGCGAAAAGCCGUACGUGUGUUCCGAGUGUGGGAAUUGCUUCACUGACAAAUCGACCCUGGUCCAGCACCAUCGGAUCCACACCGGGGAGAAACCUUAUGCUUGCCGGUUCUGUGGCAAAUGUUUCAGCCACAGCUCCCACCACAAGAGACAUGAGAAGAUCCACAACCGAGAGAACCCCCUCUUUGCCUACCCAAUCCCGUUGUUUUAACAGGUUGCUCCCAUUGGAAGGGAGGAUAGAGAUAACUGUAUCUUGGGGAAAUUCCUUUAUUUUUGUUUCUUUUGACUGAUUUCUGCCCCAGAAAGUUUGCUUUCAGUUGAAUAUAAUUUAGCAAUGUCUAAAGAUGUUAUAAGAAUCUAAGUGGUACAGAGCAGCCUUUUCCUGCCUGGAAUAUUCUAUGGCUGUGUUUUUCAAUCUGGGCUGAUGGAAGAUUUGUGGACUUCAGUUCCCAGAAUUCUCCAGGUAGCUUGCUGGCUGGGGAAUUCUGGGAGUUGAAUUUCACACAUCUUCUAGCAAGCCAAGGUUGAGGAACAUUGCUCUCUAGGGGUGGUUGAAUUGCAGUUUUAGUGGUGGUGCUUUUCUGGGAAUUUAUGAGACUACAGUUCAAUACAUCUAGAGCAAAUUGAUUUGGAGAAAACCACUGGGUAAAUUAGAAUGAAUGCUCAGCAUGUGCUGAAUUUUGGUAAAAGCCUUGGAAUAUUCCUAAUUUCAGGUGGGUUUUCAGAAUAUUGAUAUUUGGUUGUUUCUCAAAUAGGUCCUUCACAGGAAUAUUGGAGAUACUUUGAAAUCCUGUAUAUAUCACUUCUGUUUUUGUAUGGAAAGCUAUCAAAUUAUUUAUUGAUAAUCUCCUCAUUGUAUUUAAUUAUGAGCGAACCUCCUAGUGAUUCCAUUGUUUUGAUUCCCUUUGUUUCUGGCUCACCUAAACAAGCCUUCCCCCCCAGCCUGGGGAACUCCAGGUAUGCUGGAUAGUGACUCCCAUCCUCCUCCGCUUCAACCUGCGGAGGAUGGGAGUUGUAAUCACAUACAUCUGGGUAGACUGGACUGAGAGAAGCUGGAUUGCACGGACCAGGCCACAAGUGAAAAAAGAGAUGGGAAGGCUCCCAAUCUCUAUGCAAAGACUCUGUGGAGUAAUUUAGGCAAGGUGUAAAAUUGCCUGAAUAAAUCUUUGGCUUUAAGGGAGAAUAUUUCCUGGCCAUUGAACACCCUCUACAACCAUCUACUAAAUUAGAAGGCCCAAGUUAGUGAAACCUAUAUUUUGAUGGACUGAGAUUUUUUUUUCCAGAUCUCUUGUUGUGAUUAGCUGAGUGGGUUGAAUUCCCUUGAGGCCUCUCUAAAAAUUAUGUUUGUCAAAUCUUGGAUCUGUUGUUCUUUGCUGCUCUUUCUCAGCAUUUGGCAAUUAGGAAUGGACAUCCAGCAGCUGAAGAUGGUCAUAAUUCUCUAAUGACAGGAAGACAAAUUGUGCGUUGGCACUUUAAGAGACUAUUGUGUGGCUAUUGUGCUUGGACUUCUCCAGGCCAGAGACUCCCUCAGUUGCUCACCCAGGAGACUGAGGAGGUGUGUACAUAUAUGUCUGUGUGGGUGUGUGUCACAUGUACACACAGACUGGUUAAAAACCAAACUAAGCAAGGUGGGAUCUGAAAGUAACUCAACACACCUGUAUUACCGGACCACAAAACAUAUGAAUGCAAUAUGUAAUGAAAUGGAGGAUAUUUGUAAUUUUUUGUGGUGAGCAGGUCACAUAUAGAUAGAAUUUAUUCCACCAUGAAGAAUCUUACCAAAAUUCUUAGUGGACCCUGAGUCUUGUUUUCUGAUAAAAUUUUAUUUUAUUUGAAGUAUUAUUUGAAGUAUCGCAGCCUUCAGGACAAAGUUGGAAUGUCCAGAAGAGCUGCUGUCACCUUAUCCCUUAAUUUCUUUGUAUGUUUUCAUUUAUUAAAUCCAGUUUAUGUUCAGAUACAUGUUCUCUCACCAGUUCUGAUCCAUCUACCAGUCCCUGCUACUCAGAUUGGAGAAAAUAUUGUUGGAAUCUUGGCACUUUGCAGGCAGAAUUGUUCCCUCUGUGCCUCCGGUUCUUGUCAGUAUUUUAAAAAAAGGGGGGGAAAUGGAGAGAAAGAAAAGUUCCAUCGGGAAUAUGUAGUGAUCUACUAACCAGAGAGUUGUGUUGAUUAAUUAGUGAAAAGAAGGCCAAUAAUGUUGAUAGAAAUCAGCUGGGGCUGUAUAUCUAGAUCUAACAGAAGUAGCCAGAAAAUGAAAAAUAAGUAACACAGUGGAGAAGGUUUGAAAUUAGCUGUCCAUAGAAGAAUGUUUUUUGCUGUAGCGAAAUAAUUUUUGUGGCUAUCUUUUAUCCUUUCCGUAGAUAUCCUUUACGAAAAUAUUUGUCAUUUAAUAGAAUCCGAUAGGAUCUGUGACCUAUUGUAGCAGUUGAUUCUACAGGUUAAUUAAGGCUUUUAAGUUAUUACUGAUGAUACUGAGAAGGAAAGGGAUAAGUGUUUCCUUAGUUCUACAGAUAGAGGGGGAAAAGAACAAAAAACAAAAAAAACCCCACAAAGCAUUCCAGUUGUUUUUGUUUGCAUUUUUCUUUUUUAUAUUCAAGAGAGCAAUGUCUUGGUUAACACGGGCAUUUAGAAUGUUUUCACGUUAUUUGUAAGAAUUUUGGUUUUGCGUUCUAUGUGAGUUUUGUUUUCUUUGUUUGUUUGCUUGUUUUUAAGUUGGCCUGGUACAACCUGACCUCAAAGGUUUCUGCUGUUUCGUCUGCAGCAGCAUCUCUGAAAUAUCACUGCAGAGUUGCCCGCAAGUCUAACAUUCAUUACGUUGGUCAUUGCAGCACUUGGCACAGCUCUACCCCAAAGUAUUUGUGCAAUGGCAUAGAGAGAGUGUCUUGAGUGCCCAAAGCACCAUUUCCUUUUGUGUUUUUGCAUUCUUGGAUAACCAAGGCAAUGAACCUUUGUAUCCCCAGAAGCUCAUUUGAAAGAAUAAUGGGGUUUAUCUAAGUCAGUAAACUAUGAAAGGUUCCAUAUCUUGCCUCCUGAAGAUCAGUUUCACAAGGGGGGAUUGUAGCCUAGUUCAGGGGUCUCCAACCUUGGCAAACUUUCAGCUUUGCUGGCUGGGAAUUCUGGGUUGAAAUCCACCAGGCUUAAAGUUGCCAAGAUUGGAGACCCCUGGCCUAGUUCACUUUUUUAAAAGGGUUAUGCAUCAGCAAUAGGGAACUUUUCUCCCUCCAAAUUUGGUUGGUCUCCAGUUUGUAGCAGUCCCUGCUGCUCUGUCUAGAGUAGCAUUUCUCCACUUUGUCAACUUUAUGAAGCCUGGACUUCAACUCCCAGAAUUCCCCAGCCAACAUGGGUGGGUGGGGAAUUCUGGGAGUUGAAGUCCAGACUUCAUAAAGUUGCUAAAAUUAAGAAACUCUGGUCUGGAAGGUGACAUGCUCCCAUUCCUGAUAGAUCAGACAAGGCCUGCUAAUUGUGAGAAAUGGAGGGAAAUUCAGGUCCAGUGCUAAUAUAAUUAAAUACCAGAUGUUGAAGAACAAAGAGUUGAUUAUGUUCCAUCCCGUAACUAAUGAAAAUCUCGCAGUUUCUAGAUGGGUCAUAAUAGAAUCUUGGAUUAUAUUAUUUUUCCAACUAACUAGGCUGGUCUGAAAAGAUGGGAAGACAAUCCAACAUUCUCAGCAGAUACUAAGCUCUGUCAGACUCAAUGAGUCUUCAGUCUGAAUUAGUAAGGUUAUUGCCAAAUGUUUCUUCUCACUCUCUUGCUAACCACUAUAUUCACACAGCGUUACCUAUAAUUAGUACACUAAGCUCUUAAUGAUGGAACUUGAAUGAACUAUAUCAUCGGGCAUCCGUGAGGUAUUUAUGGUCCAUAUGUUUCCCAGUGCACUGAGUUUUCCCACAGUCUGCCCAUUGUUUUCCAAAGCAAGGUUUCACAUUAAUUUCAGGUAUAAAUACAUCUAUAUACACCAAAUAACAUUCCCUUCACAGGGAGGGUUACCUUACUGGAUCUCACAAGUAAACAGUGCGGGGCCCUGGGGCUUUGGAUUGGUGGGUAUUGAAACCUACUCCCCAUUGUGACUAUCAUUAAUUUAGAGCAUAUCUCGGGAUGUGUAUGCGUCCGUGUGAGUCAUUCCCCCCGCCCAAAAAAGGUAAUGUAUAAUUUUAAAGCAAUCAUGCUGUUAAAGUGAAUGGAGAUUUAUAAUAAUUUAAUCGGCAUCGUAUCUAAGCAUUUCCCUGGUGAAUGAAAAUUUAAAAAAUAAAAUAAAAUCCAACUUA